AUGGCUUUCAUUGAGUUGAUGGCAGAGCAAGUUAAGAAGGGAACUAGAACCACUACCACAUUUAGCAAGGUUAUUGUGAUUGUGGAUCCCAAGAGAAUCCAGGUGCCAGGAAUUUUCGACGAUGAUGAAGUUGCAGAUGUGGUUGUUAGUGGAGAGAGUUCAUUUGAUGGAGUUGUUGGCCUUGAUAGUGUGCCACUAACACUUGCAGAAGUGAUGGAUGCAAGCCUUCCUAGGUUUACUAAUGCUUUGAACAAAGACAAAGAAGAAAUGGUUGGUGCUCAUAGUAAGAAGGCAGGUACUUCGAAGGAUCGUAAGCGAAAGAAUUCUAGUAGUAAGUUGUUUGUGGAGGCUUGCAGAGCAAUUACCGAAAACUCUAGAAUGAGGUCAUCAUCCAUCACAACUGGUGCUUCAUCGGCUUCAGAUCCUUUCUCAAUCAGCAAAUGUGUGGAAAUCAUAACUACUAUGCAAGGCAUGAACAGGAAGAAGUUAAGGAAAUUAGCAUCCCUAAUGCAAGACUGUAGAUGGAGAGAGAUAUUCAUCAAACUACCUAAUGAGAUGAGGAGAUGGACUCUUAGAGUGAGAGGAUUAUUAAAAGAUUUGAAGUUUGAGAGUGUGGAGGAGCAAGAUUGUGUCAGUGCCCUUGAUGGCACCCAUAUCAGUGUCUCUAUUUCUGCAGACAAGCAAAUACCAUAUCAUGGUAAAUACUACUUGAUAGAUUCUAGAUAUGCUAGUUUUCUAGGAUUCUUGUCACCUGUACACGGCGAACGAUACCAUCUAUCCGAUUUCAAGCAAACAAGGCGACCAAGGGAUGCACAAGAGAAAUUUAAUCAAGUACAUUCCUCCCUUCGUACUGUAAUUGAACGAUGUUUUGGAGUUUUGGAAACGAGAUUCCCAAUUUUGAAACAAAUGCCAUCAUUUUCUAUCAAUACACAAUGCCAGAUUGUGAUCACAAGUUGUACUAUACAUAACUUUAUAAGAAGCGAAAUCAUGAAUAACAAUCACUCUGACGAUUUGUUUGAUACAAUUGGAGAUGAAAAUGUUGAAGUAGAUGAUGAUAGUGACGAGGAUAAUAAUGAUGGUGGAGGCAAUGGACAAAAUGAUGAGUUGGAAGAUAUGACUGUAGUUAGACGUAACAUUGCUAACCAGUUAGCACUAGAUUAUGGGUAUCAACAAAUAUAA